GUGAUUGCAGUAGACUGGAAAGGACUGAAAGAUGUGGACCAAAUCAAUAUGGACAGCACCAGUUCACUGCAUGGCAGCAGCUUCCAUCGACCUUCCACUGAGCAAACACGGACGGAUUUUUCCUGGGAUGGUAUCAAUCUCUCCAUGGAAGAUACAACCUCCAUCCUCCCCAAACUGAAACGCAACUCCAAUGCUUAUGGGAUUGGGGCUUUGGCUAAAUCAUCUUUCUCUGGGAUAUCUCGCAGCAUGAAGGACCAUGUCACAAAGCCAACAGCUAUGGGCCAAGGCCGUGUGGCUCACAUGAUUGAAUGGCAAGGCUGGGGCAAAGGUAACAGCCAGCAGCAGCAGCACACGCAUGAGACAGCACGCAAAGACGCUGAUGCCUACUCAGAUCUGAGCGAUGGUGAAAAGGAGGCCCGGUUCCUUGCAGGAGUGAUGGAACAAUUUGCUAUUUCUGAGGCAACUCUCAUGGCCUGGUCCUCCAUGGAUGGUGAGGAUGUGAGUGUAAACUCAAAUCAGGAGAACCCAGCAGGCAACUACUCUGAGAACUACCAAGAACUAAUGGAGAGCCAAGAGCAUAUGGCCCAGACGCAGUAUGAUAGUUGGCCUCACUCCUACGUCUCACAGGGCAUGUAUUGCUUAGGUUCAUCCGAUGCCUGGGAGACCAGUGACCAGUCCCUCAUUGCUUCCCCAGCAACUGCCUCCUACUUAGGCCAGAAUUUUGAUGAAUCUCAGACAAACCUUCAGGAAAGCAUUUUGAUUCAGAGCAGCCUUCUCCAGCAGCAACAGCUGCAGCAACAGCGGCAGGAGCAGAACUUCAUCCAGAGCACAGGGCUGGUCCACAUGUGGCCCCUGCAGACUGCUCAGUGUGGGGCAGAGUCCAGCACAUACAUGGAGGACCACAUUGAGGAUGAAGGGAACCCACAGCUGGAGAAGGCUCCUCUCCUAAACAAGAAGCCAUCUCCAGAGGAGGAUGAUGCAGUGUGCCGGGACCUGGAAUCACUGUCUCCUCGAGAGGAGAUGGAACAUGCUGCGCUGAGCCGCAAAGUCUCAGAUGUCACCUCCUCUGGGGUUCAGUCCUUUGAUGAGGAAGAGGGGGAAACAAACAACUGAUGCUUUCCGUGAAGUUCUCAUCACUGCUGAACAAAGAAAGGGGUGGCAAGGGAUGAAAUUACAGGGAUUCUCCAGCUCCCCAUACUUCUGAGCAGACACAUAUUCUGUUCCUGACAUUUAAUUAUUUUUUUAAACAGAGGAAAAUCUCAAAGUGAUUGACACAUGAAGACCUUUUCUUCCCCUCUACCAUGGACACACGUUUUUGAUUUUCAUUGCUCUGGGCAACAUAUGUGAGGUGCUUGGAGAGAUCUGGAUUGGUAAAUAAUUUCUAAAUCUUUUUAAUACAAAGUCUUGGCUGUGGAUAC